AACUUCCUCUUUCUCUGUGUUCUUCCUUUCUCCCCCUCUCUCAGCCUCUCGCGCUCUCUCUCGGCCUCUGUCUUUCUGCCUGUCUCCCCCACUGCCAACACCUGUCCGGUCCCUCAAGCUGAUCACUCCCCCUUCUAGGCGAAGAUGUCGGCCCAGGAGAGCUGCCUCAGCCUCAUCAAGUACUUCCUCUUCGUUUUCAACCUCUUCUUUUUCGUCCUAGGCAGCCUCAUCUUCUGCUUCGGCAUCUGGAUACUCAUCGACAAGACCAGCUUCGUGUCCUUUGUGGGCUUGUCCUUCGUGCCUCUGCAGAUCUGGUCCAAAAUCCUUGCCAUUUCAGGAAUCCUCACCAUGGGUCUCGCCCUCCUGGGUUGUGUGGGGGCCCUCAAGGAACUCCGCUGCCUUCUGGCUCUGUAUUUUGGGAUGCUGCUGCUGCUGUUUGCCACGCAGAUCACCCUGGGAAUCCUCAUCUCCACUCAGCGCGUCCGGCUGGAGCGAAGCGUGCAGGACAUCGUGAAGAAGACCAUCCAAAAUUACCACGCCAACCCGGAGGAGACCGCGGCUGAGGAGAGCUGGGACUACGUGCAGUUCCAGCUGCGCUGCUGCGGCUGGCACUCUCCGCAGGACUGGUUCCCGGUGCUCAUCCUGAGAGGCAACGAGUCGGAAGCGCACCGCGUGCCCUGCUCCUGUUACAACUUGUCGGCGACAAACGACUCCACAAUCCCCCAGUUCAGCCGGCUCGGACCGCCAGUGCGGCCCAGACACAGCACAGACCUUUGCACGGUCCCGGCACAAAGCUCCAUCUACCGCGAGGGCUGCGCGCAGAACCUCCAGAAGUGGCUGCACAACAACCUCAUUUCCAUAGUGGGCAUCUGUCUGGGCGUCGGUCUACUUGAGCUCGGCUUCAUGACGCUGUCGAUAUUCCUGUGCAGAAACCUGGACCACGUCUACAAACAGCUCGCUCGAUACCGCUAGGCCCCAUCCUUCCCAAGCCCCGCCUGGACCCCUUCAAGUGCACUUCCGUGCCACCUGUAAAUAUUUGUUUAAUCCUCAGUUUGCCCCAGUCAUUGAGCCCUCCACCUCAUUCCCCUGGGGACCCAGGUGUCUGCCUGCCUGGCUGCUGCUGUCCCCUCUCCCGUGGGACCUGGGGCUUCCGUCCACCAGCUUCCUGCCCCCAAAGAUAUUUCAUUUCCUUGCCUCGUCUGUUGGCCUACCACCUCCCACAAGAUUAUUUUUCACCCAA